AUGCUGGGGAGUGUUGAUGAUGUGGAGCGUUUCUCGACUCUUCUCUACAGUGGGGACAAAUCGGCAAUGCAGAUAGCCACGGAGCUUGGAUGGGAUGGUUUCGCGUCUGCCAUGGGCUUGCAACUGAUGCAGAGAGUUCUUAAGGAAUCUGUAGCCGCAUGUUCGAUCUUCUUUGUUUCUCAAGCGUUAAACCAUUUGGUGACUUCUAAGUUUGCACUUGCAGACCUUGUGGACCUCGAACAGAUGCUGAGUUGUGUCAUUGUGGAGCGGCAUAAGCUCUUGGACACUCAUAAUAGGGACGCCCUUGUCCGGUUGCUAUGUUCUGUAGUGAAACGGGGAUUCUGUGACGCCCCGGAGCUCCAAAGGUUUCCCCUCAAGGUGGCUACGGCGCUAACCGGUGAAGGGGGUGAUUAUUCGGAAGAACUCGUAUCCUUAUCGUGUCACAUCCUAACCGUGUUGAUCGACACGAUAGGAUCUACGGACGGCCCAAACCAGAACCUCGCGGUGAAUAAGAAGACGAACGUGGUUUUUCGCGAUGAGUGCCUCCACGACAUAUUCAAAAGUGUUUCACGUUGCCUUAAACGGGCUCAGUUGUCGCACAAUCAGGUGGUCAUUGGCGCCGUACCGUUAUUGCGCCAAAUUCUUUUGUUUGACUUUACUUGCUCCUUGGAGGAUAUUACUGAGGACGUUUUGACAACUGAUUAUCCGCAAGGUUGGGCGGCUGACCUUUUGGACCAAGAGCUCUUCGCUAAACUGUGGGGGUUGUAUUUACUUCCGGAGGGGGAUGCGCGCCUCUUCUCUCCCUUGUUGGAAUCGUUGGCAUCACUCAUAUCUCUGAGGGGAUCACUCUACCCACUCUGUGAGGACCAGAAGGCGCGGAUAUCCUGUUGUUUUGAAGUCACGCUUCCAAUUAUGACGGAGUGUCUUCACCUAGAAGAUCCCACGGUUUUGCACGAAUUUUGUCGCUUGUUGAAUCGUCUGAAACCGAAUUUCAGCAUUGAGCAAAUGUGUAGCGUUUCGUGUUAUGAGCAAUGGAUUGGAGCCCUUGCCGAUUUCACUCAUUUGUGCUUCCAGAACUGGCGCCAUGCGCGGCGGUCGUUCCUUUCUUUAACCUCCACUUGGGCGAAGUUGGUGGGAUCUCAGUCCUACUGCAAAGAUAAACGCACACUUUUUGGGGAACUGGCACCGAAGGUGUGCUUGUCGUACAUUACGUCAAAUCAGGAGCAAGCGGUAGCGUUCGCAAGAUCUGGUGAAAUUGCAUCGUUUGAGGAUUAUUUUCUCGAUGAGGAUACAUGUGUACAAGAGUUGGAGCUUCAAUUUGCAUCGCAGUUGUUGCGAUUCUGUGGUCGAGACACAGAGGAACACAUUUCAACACUCAUCGAGUCCCAUUUAUGGGUUCUUAAGUCAUCGGAACAUCAAGCAGGAUUUUGUUUGACGAGCAUAUACGAACAACUCGCAUGGCUUAUCACCCUUUCCAGCUCAUGGUUGCGCAUGAACCAUUCCCGUAGCGAUGCAUGCCCGAUAAUAUGUAAGGCUUUAUGGGCAUGCUUCGGUGUUGUGAGCUACGAUUGUGAGAGAAAGCUUUCAUUGUUUGUACCUCAGGGAACUCGUCGUCACUUUCACAACUCCCUCAUAGCUUUACUUUGUGCCACUUGGAACGCGCUUCUUCUCGAUCGGCUUGAUGAUGGCAACGGGCUACGGGUCUCCCUUCAAAAUACUUUAUCUCUGAAAAGUGAUGGAGAAAUGUCCUCCACUGUGCUUGGGCUUAUUGUGGACGAGGUUAUGAACUGCGCUCACUCUUGUACCGAUGAGACAGCCGUCGAAGCCUUGGCCCUUUUGACUGAGGUGGCUCAAUCGCCAACUUCUGUUGCUAUUUUAAAGACGCUGCCCCACAUUAAUGACCGCCUUGCACUCGAUGCGGAGAUGACGAUGGGCAAAAAUUCCAGGGUUUAUCACCGUGUGCUGUUUCUUCUUGCGCGUAUCAGGGCUCAGAUUUGGCUGUCCAACGGUGGUUCCCAGGGUGUAAUGGGCGACAUUGAGCCAUCACUUGUUGGAGACUUCAAGAUUUUCCAAUAUGGUUGUGUAGAACACGGUGAAGAUUAUGCGGAUGCUCUCAUGCGCGCUACAUGCUCAUGGCGAGGCGCGUUUUGCGCAUGCCUGUGCCAACGUCUGUACCGAGUGUUGCUGAAACGCAUACUUCCAAACUUUGACGUUAUAGUCCAGCAUUUUCAACGUGAGUUUGGAACUAACUGUGGCGUACAGCUGUUGCGCUUGUUGGACGAAAUAACCGAAAAUCGUUACCGGCGUAUAACGUCCGGCGCCCAUUGUACGGAGGGCUAUCUUGUCUUCCGCCACAUUGGUAACUCUAUGGGCACAGUGGUCAAUAUUAUUGUUAAAGCGUUGGAGACCCGUGGAUCUCAACUUGAGGCUUGGGGUAUCAAAUGCUUGAGGAUCACGUUCCAUACCGGUCGUAAUCUUCUCGCAGGGGGGCUUUGCAAUAUGGGAGUUCUCCGUCUUUAUGCAGAUCGGUCCCUGCCAGCGUGCCUUGUGGCUCUCUGGCGUGCUAUGAUGCUUGUGGACCGCGAGCGUUUAUGCCAAAAUGAGAAGUUGGCGCGUAGUUACUUUAUGCUUGCCUCUGAGCUGCUUAGAGAUUUGUAUCUUUGGUUUAUCUGUGACUUACCUAUCGAGCAUUUGUUACAAGUUAUUCAUCUACUCGAAUUCUCGCUUAACUACCAGAAUACCUUUGGAACUCUUAUAACACUUGGAGCAGAGGCGGUGGCAGCUUUUACCAGCGCCCUGUGUUGUCGUGAGGGCCAUGAAGGAGGUGAAGGCGUUAAAAUAUUGGGGGCACUUCUUCGGGCGGACAAGAACGUUUUCUCCCGACUGCUGCGGGCGACACUUGACCUUAUAACGACAAGGAAGUGCACGACGGAUCCAUUUGAGAGCCUUCUGCAGACACUAAUAGUGCUGGAUGGGGACUCUUUCGUGCAGCUAGGUGACUUGUUUUCCGGUUUGGCGGCUGUUGGUGGAAAAGGAGCGGAAGUGAGGGAGGCGUUCGUGCUCUUACAACAGUGUGCUUGUGAAUCUUAUCGUCAGAACAAUAAAAAUUCGUUUGUGAAUGGAUUUAAGCAGUUUUCGACAGUUGUAACCCGCUGUUUGGCAUGA